GAAAAUUCUCUCCAUUCCUCCCCAUUCCCCAAAAUCAAUGGCCACUGCAACUCCUGAACAUGGAAGACCGAGGAAUUCCAGACCCAAAUCACACUCCGCAACCCCAAAUUCCACUCAAAUUGCUGAAUCCAGGGAGCGACUUCCUCGCCGGAAGAAGUUAUUUGCGUUUUUGACACUUAAGGGUUUCGGAUGCGGUCGGUAUUCCACGCUAGCGGUGGCCGUGCAUCCUCCAGACGCUAUCUCGCCGGAAAAGAUGAGGAGGAGGAAGAAGAAUAAGAAGAAACCGCGGAGAAACAGAGGAUCGUGUCCGGAGAAUGUGGUGGUAACGGUUCCAGAUGUUUGUUGUACUCCUCCUGGGAUUGGAUUCACAUAUGAUGUUGCAGAAAAUACAAGCGCUGAUGCACAUAGAAGAAACCAUAGACAGCGAUCUCGUGCGACAAGGCAAGCCACCGAUCUUCAACAACCAUGGAGUACAGCACAAACCGACAAUGCAACCUUCAUAAGGUCGAAUGUAUCUGAUGCCAGACAAUAUAAUCUUCUUCAACGUCGUUCUCCUGGAGGAAUCUCUGAGAUUGUGAUGUUCGAACAUAAUCCAUUGUCGGAUGGGAGAUUAGAAGGAAGCGAUCGGUUUGGAGCAUGGAGGAUCAACGCAGAUAUCAUGUCCUACGAGGAACUGGUGGAAUUGAGUGAUCAAAUUGGGUACGUCGGUGGUGGUUUGCAGGAAGAAGAAAUACUCAACUGCUUAAGAAGACCUAAAAAAUCGUUUUUCAAGUCCUUUGACUUUAAUUCCAAAGUCAAAGACUCGAAGUGUAGCAUAUGUCAAGAGGAAUGUAAAGGGAACGAAGAUCUUGGAAGACUCGAAUGUGGGCAUUACCAUCACUUAGAUUGCAUAAAACAAUGGCUUCUCCGCAAAAACGAGUGCCCGAUUUGCAAAACUGUGGCAAAACCCGACAAGUGAUCGAAGACCGCAUGCCCCUUACCAGGGUUUUUUUUUUU